AUGGUCUCAGUGACAGCAAAAACGGAAGCAGGGCAGAAGGCUCCGCUCAUCAGUGACUAUGGUAUACAUUAUUCUGCUUCCGAGAAACCGCACAUGUCGCAACAGACCGGGAGACUAGCUACUGUUGCUGGUCACAUGGAGCGGGAAGCACAGUCAGUCGAGUUUGAUCCCACACUUGCGCCGCACCCGUUGGUCCCUUACCCAGUGUCCAACCCAGCUUGGUGGCACAAGCCGUAUCGCCGUCUGCCUGACUAUCGCCCAGUCAACAAAAACCUAGAUCGCGAGCAACGGCGGCAGAACCCGCUGUUUAUGGCGGUGGGCUGGUUCAUGAUUGCAGGAUGCUCCAUGAUUGCCAAUUGGUCCUCACUGUGGAGAAAUACCGCUGGGCGGCUGACCGAUGUUGGGGUUGGGACAGUUGGCGGUGAAUUCUAG